UCAUAUUCACUGCAAACUCUCAAAUCUUUUCCCGGAGAUUGCAGUCUACGAAAGAGUUACCUACCUAUUAAGUUCCCUCAAAGGAGGCGAAACAUUCAUUCUUGUAGCAUUAUUUUUUACAGUCGAGUUGCGAGAUGUCUGGGAAGAAUUCGAAUGCUGAUGCCGUGUUGAACAUGGCGGGUGUGAGGGCCAGGGAGAUAUGCCGCCCGCCGACUCUGCCUCUACCAGUGGGUGGGGUGAACCCGAUCCAUGUACAAGGAGUGGGCCACGUCAGCAAUCCGCCUCACUGGAAGAGGGCGGCGGAGGCCAUGGAAUGCAGCCACGUGGAGGAAGUGAGGAGGAUGAUCGGACAGUUUUACCAGGCUCGCAAGGUGGUGCUAAGAGGCACUACUCUAACGGUGGGUCAGGUGACUGCUGUGACUCGGAGAGAUGAAGUGAAGGUGGAGUUGGACGAGGCCAGCGCAAAAGCAAGAGUGGAGGAGAGUGCGAAAUGGGUGGCGAACAACAUAGCGAAAGGGACAGACACAUACGGGGUCACAACAGGCUUCGGAGCCACCUCUCACCGCCGGACGAACAAGGCUGUGGAUCUGCAGCGCGAGCUCAUCCGAUUUUUGAAUGCGGGCGUGUUGGGGAAAGAGGAGGGGCUGCAGCUGCCGUCGGAGUACACCAAGGCCGCCAUGCUCGUCCGAGUGAACACCUUAAUGCAGGGCUACUCCGGUAUCCGGUGGGAAGUCCUAGAGGCCCUGCAGAAGCUCAUGGACUGUAACAUUACUCCCAAACUGCCUCUCAGAGGAACAAUCACGGCCUCCGGCGAUCUGGUGCCGCUCUCCUAUAUUGCCGGGCUGCUAACAGGGCGCCCGAAUUCAAGAGCCGUGACGGGUGAUGGCGAGGAGGUGGACGCCCUGGAAGCGCUGAAGAGAGCGGGCAUUAGUGGAGGACCCUUCGAAUUGCAGCCUAAGGAGGGCCUCGCACUCGUCAACGGCACUGCAGUUGGGUCGGCGGUGGCGGCCUCCGUCUGCUUCGACGCGAACGUGUUGGCCGUCCUGGCGGAGAUUCUGUCGGCCCUGUUCUGCGAGGUUAUGCAGGGCAAGCCCGAGUUCACGGACCCUCUGACGCACGAGUUGAAGCACCACCCGGGUCAGAUUGAGGCGGCAGCGGUAAUGGAAUAUCUUCUGGACGGCAGCGACUACGUCAAGGAGGCAAAGCGGGUGCAGGAGACGGAUCCCCUCAGUAAGCCCAGGCAAGACCGUUACGCUCUCCGGACGUCCCCGCAGUGGCUGGGCCCGCAGAUCGAAGUGAUUCGAAUGGCCACGCACUCUAUCGAGCGUGAGAUCAAUUCCGUCAACGACAACCCCUUGAUCGACGUGGCGCGUGACAUGGCGCUCCACGGCGGCAACUUCCAGGGCACGCCUAUUGGAGUCUCCAUGGACAACACCAGAAUUGCGUUGGCGGCCAUCGGGAAGCUCAUGUUUGCGCAGUUCUCGGAGCUGGUGUGCGACUACUACAACAACGGCCUGCCUUCCAAUCUGAGCGGAGGCCCCAAUCCAAGCCUGGACUAUGGCUUCAAGGGCGCCGAGAUCGCCAUGGCCUCGUACACGUCGGAGCUGCAGUAUCUAGCCUCCCCUGUCACCACACACGUGCAGAGCGCCGAGCAACACAACCAGGACGUGAACUCGCUGGGCCUCAUCUCUGCCAGGAAGACAGCAGAAGCCAUCCAGAUACUGAAGCUCAUGUCCGCCACUUAUCUGGUGGCGCUGUGCCAGGCCGUCGAUCUCCGGCACUUGGAGGAAAACAUGCGAGCCGUGGUGAAGCACGUGGUGUUGGAGACAGCGAGGAAGACCCUCACCAGCGGGGAAGACGGAUCCCUGCUCCCCACGCGCUUCUGCGAGAAGGAGCUGCUGCAGGUGGUGGACCAUCAGCCGGUGUUCUCCUACAUAGAUGACCCCUCCAACCCUUCCUAUGCGCUCAUGCUUCAGCUCCGGGAAGUUCUCGUCGACGCGGCCCUCAACUGUCCUGUCGAAGAAGACGAUCACAAGCUCGGAACGCCGUUGCUUUUUCGCAAGAUUCCCGUCUUCCAAAAGGAGUUGAAAGCUCGGCUAGAUAAGGAGGUCCCCACCGCUCGGGACAGAUUCCACGCGGGAGACUUUCCCAUCCCAAACAGAAUAAAGAAAUGCAGAACCUACCCAAUCUAUAAGUUCGUGAGAUCCCAACUGGGAACGGACUUGCUGAGCGGGGCGAAGACGCGGAGCCCUGGGGAAGACAUCGAAAAAGUGUACCGUGGCAUUUGCGAGUCGGAGAAGUUGUUCGGCGAGGUAGUGGUGAAAUGUUUAGACAUGUGGCGUGGGUCGGCAGGGCCCUUCACCCCGCGGCCACAGCAUCCUCCUCUGUCUCCUGCGCCAUUCAAUGCAGCGUAUUGGUCGUGGUUUGACUCCGCGAAAUCGCCUUCGGCCACCAGCGGCAGAGGAUUCUGGAACACUACAAACGCCACCCUCUAAUUUCAUCUCCCACCCUUACAAUUACUCUAUGUACCAUAGUAAACCCAUUUCCCCCUCUGGUGCAUAAAUGAUUCUGCAAACCGUUCGCAUUCGCUCUUCCACAAUAAAUUUUUCAAUGCAACAUUUGGUUUUCUUUGACAAAUUCAAGUUUACGAUUUUUAUUUAAAUGCGAGUUUAGGCCUGUCUUAAAAUUUGAAAGGCCUUCCACGUUUGGAUUCCCAGUUCCACUUUUGGAGCAUGUAAUGUAGAUCAUAAGAGCAUAUCUUGAUGAAAGGAUCUAUUUGUAAAAGAGAAACAAAUACACAAAUUUGUUUAAUCACUAAAUCAACAUCAUGGUCGAAGCAUGUCUUUAUUUUCCAUCGA